CCCACUUCUGGCCCCUAAACAAUGGAUCGAUCAAAACCCCGAUGGGCCCCGGAGCCAGUCUGCCGUCCGCCCUGGGAAUCGUUUCUCCCACGAUGCCUCUGCCUGGACUCGAUCGUCUGUAAAAGUCGCGGAUAUGUCCAGUCCCUUCGGUGAGCCGCCCAAGGGCAUUAAUCUCAAGGAAAGCAGCACGGCGCGGAACGAUGCCGUCGUCAUCUCGAUGUACAUGCUGGCCGCGAUCACCAUUUGCUUCCGGUUGUUUUCCCGGAAGAUGGUCCAGCAAGCCAAAAUAGGACUCGAUGACUGGCUGAUAGUAGGAGCCCUGUCGUCAGGUACCGCCAAUAUGGCCUGUGCGAUAGCCGGAGGACGCUAUGGCCUUGGCAAACAUAUCUGGGUUGUCUCAAUAGAGGACAUUGUCCGUAUGGUGCAUAUUCUUUACGCAAAUGUCCUCCUGUAUAUCCUUACGGUGCCCCUCAUCAAAAUCUCCAUCAUCCUCUCCUAUCGUCGCCUUUUCGGCAUGCAGUGGACCAUGUGGGCCUGCAUCGUCCUCUCCAUCGGCUAUUGGAUUGGCUGCACAGUGGCCUUUCUUUGCGCGUGUAAACCAAUCUCGUACUACUGGACGCAGUACGAAAACCCUGCGGGCGGUCACGUCGUCUAUAAAAUAUAUCCAUUCUACAUCGCCCACGCCGUCGUCAACAUGGCUGGCGAUCUUCUCAUUCUCCUCGUUCCGAUUCCGCUUGUCUGGCGAUUGAAACUCCGAACCGCACAGAAGGUCCAGAUCCUGAGCAUCUUCCUUCUCGGUGGCUUUGUCUGCGUCGCCAGCGCCAUCCGCAUCUAUUACUUCACCUUUGUCAACGACGUCGAUGCCACGUGGAACCUGGGCAAUGUGUUCAUCUGGUCCAGUGUCGAACCCUCGAUUGGAAUUGUCUGCGCUUGUCUCCCCGUUCUUCAACCGCUCUUCCGGAAUAUCAUCAACCGCCACGCGAAUUCACCCAAGCGGACCACCAAAACCACUAAGAAAGGGGUCCGAUUUGCCCCGGAUAUCAUGAGCAAAUUCAACGGCGACGAUCGACGGCAGCGACGAGAGGACGAAGCCGUGUUAACGACGACAUCCGUCCAUGUCGAAAUGGAAAGCGUCGGCAAGGGAAGACUGAGUGACGAAGAAGAUCCAUACGAUAUAAUGUCCAUCAAGGUGCAGAAGGAUUUCCAAAUGGAAGAAGAGCACCGAUAAUUGAUUCCUUCAUCUU